GUGUUGUUGUUGAGUUGCAAAUUUCUGUGAAUAUUGGAUAGCCAGCAACUAAAUUUUAAAAUAAUAAAUUUAAAAAAAACUGCAGAACUGUUGAAAAACAGCGGAAUGUAGAUAGAAGCGAUUAACGAGUCCAAUUGGCUGUACGAUGUAUUUUGAGCGAGGAAGAGUGGAAAAAUAAUGUGCAAUAAUUCGUGAUAAAAAGUGCAAACAGAAACAGGAUUUGCUGGUAUAUUCGCUGAAGGACAAAAUUUGCCUUGUAUUGUGGGGUGCGCGAAGUUCGAGCAAUUAUCCCAGUUGGGUGCAUAAUUCGUUGAUAAAAGCGUCGUAGUUCUAUAAAUAGCAGAGUGCCAGUUUGUUUUCAUAUGUACUCCAAACAUUGUGGGCGCUUAGAUCUCCUGCUAAAAAUAGCACCACAUUCCAGUGCGCAAAAUACUUUUAUUGAGAAAAGGAGAUUGCUUGGUAAAGCGCAGUUCAAUUUCUCUGCAAAUUGAAUUCAAUUUGGUUUUGUAUGAAAAUUGUAUGCAUAAAUAAAAAAAUUUCGCGAUCAGCUGUUUGCCGUUUACAGAUGACCUCGUCAUAGCGUCGUUGGUGGGACUGAAACAUUCUUGCAUAAAAUUCGCACUGGAUAACGAUAGCGCUCUCUUUUACGCUACCGCACUUUGCAUUUCAUUUAUGAAUUCGCCUUGGCGCUGAAACAGGUUUAGGACAUUUUUGCACGUUCCUCCUGAAGCAACCUUGUAAAAAGCAGUGCAAAAGGAAACGUUGAUAAAGAGGCAAGUGGCGAGUGACAGAAAACCAGAAAAGUGGUUGCAGUGGGAAAAAGUGUUUCACAAUUUAUUUUCUUUCGGUUAUUCAAUAUUAUUUAUGUUUGGAAAACAAGUGAACAAAUUCUGCAAAGUGAGAUAAAAAAAGAUAAAACUGCGUGUACGCGUACAAAUUUUCGCGUUUUCGGCUAAGCUAUUGGUGGCUCAAGUUAAAAACUUGCUCUGAGGUGGCUGAUCAGUGCUAGUAUUGGUGGUGGUUGUAGUUAUAACAUUAUUUGUGAACUCCCACCCCUUAAAUACAAAAUAAAUCAUACGCCACAGCUGGUUUAGGUAAUCGAAAGUGAUACGGGCUUUCGAAGUUGAACUUUACUGGCCAUUUUAGAGCAGUUCAACCGUUUUGAGUAAAGGUGCCAGGUUCUGAAUACGCAAAACAUCCAGUUCAAACAGCCAAUUCUAGCUGCAAACUCAAUAUUUUUUUCACCCAAGAGCACCGGAACAGCCGUCAAACUGGAGCGUAUACCGGAAUAUUUGCGAGACACCGUCGAUUGGUUAAUGGGUACUAGUUUGGGAAAAUUUCUCAAAGAUUUCUAAGAAACACGCACAAAAAAAACUAAAAGAACAAUUCAAUGAGAAAAACAACAAUUAUGUGUAGCAACAAACCCACGAACAACAACAAAACAAAACCAAAUACUGAUAAAGACCGCAACGCACACACAAAGGUAAAGAAAAGUGAGUGGAAAGCGUAGUGAAAAGUACGCAAGAAAGUAAACAUUCAUUAGAUAUUCAAAGACCAAAAACAAAAACUAGAUAAACAACAGAAUAACAUAAAAAAAUAAAAAUAAAACCAACAACAAUAAGAGAACACCGCAAGUAAAAGGCGAUUACCUGCGUACCAGCAUCCCCACUUUGUGUGACCCUCACUCAUCGCAAUCUCAACUUCAAACCAAUCUGACUUGAUUUAACCUCUUUUCGAGGUGCACAAAAACCUUUGAAAUUAUGUUGAGAACGCCCACACACAUCGUGGAACUGAGUACGAAUACGACGAGUCCAUUGCUACAAAAGUUCCACGUCGGCGACGGUGGUGGCUCUGUGAACGGCUCCAGUGCCGUCGGAGUGAAGGCGGGCAGCUGUUCGGCAGCAGCAGCAGCAGCAGCGGCGGCUGCGGUGCAAUAUCAGCAGCAACAAAAACAAACAACGAACAAAUUUUUUAACGAUCGCCCGCAACAACAAAAGCAAACGACUGGCGGCGGUUAUCGAUUACAAACGAAGGGCAUGAAAUCAUCCUCGGCUGUAAGCAAAGAACAUAUAAUAACAAGCACAACAACAACGGCAGUAACACCAACAGCAGCGACUACGCCAAUAUCAGCUGCUAGAAGCCUCUUGUCAUCGACACCAUUCAUUUCGUUUAAGCGUAUUCGAAAAUCAAAAACUUCAACAACCACAACAACAUCAACGAAAAUCGCUGCAAGCAAUACGUCGGCGGGGCGCACAAAAACGAAUGGUUUAAUCGCCGCUGCUGUGGUGGAACACGUUUAUGCACCCGCAACGCUUGCCGCCGGCACUGUGAACGGCCAAUUGGCGCAGCAGCAGCACGACUCAUCAGUUGGCGAUUGCACCGACAGCAAUAACUAUCACUUUUGCUCUGGCAACAGCAACAGCAACAGCAACGGCAACAACAAUAACUAUUUGAAAGCAGAAAUCGCUUCGUUGGUAAGCAGCACCGCGCCGUUGGUGAAAUCAUCAUCGUCAUCGUCGACUGCCUCCUCGACGGCUUCAUCAAAUCAAUCGGCGUUCUCAGCAACGCCGCUCUCCGCAUCUGCCUCCGUUGCUAGCGUAGUCAACGCGAGCAAUAUUAGUUGCAGCACGCAGAGCAGCGUGAUCUCGAGCACAUCCAGCGUUGCGUCCGUAGUAACGAUGUCGCCAACAACACAGGCGCCUACGAGAACCUCGUUGUUCGAUUCGUGUCAUCGGAAGAUACGUUUGAUCGGCGGCGGACCAGUCGCCUUUCUGGGCGGACUUGUAGCAAAGGCGCGUCGUAAAGAGCGCGAUGGUGAUCAAAAUUCAACAGAUACCAAAUUAUAUUUGGAGGAGAGCGUUUUAGAACGUAAGCUACCUGAAGCCGAUCUCAAAGCCUUAGUGGAUCUUCCAGCUGGCUUGGACUAUAAUGAAUGGCUGGCGUCACACACACUGGCUCUAUUCGAACACGUAAACUUGGUUUAUGGAACUAUUAGUGAAUUUUGUACGCCAUCUGGUUGUCCAGAUAUGACUGGACCAGGCAACAGAACGUACUUAUGGUUCGAUGAGAAAGGCAAGAAGACGCGCGUCGCCGCUCCCCAAUACAUCGACUAUGUGAUGACCUUCACGCAGAAGACAGUCAGCGAUGAGUCGAUAUUCCCUACCAAAUAUGCCAACGAAUUUCCAAGUUCGUUUGAAUCGAUUGCCCGCAAAAUACUACGCUUGCAAUUUCAUGUGAUAGCUCAUCUCUAUGCGGCGCAUUUCCGAGAAAUUGCGCUACUGGGAUUGCACACCCACUUAAAUUUGACCUUUGCGCACCUAACCGCACUGCAUCGACGCUUCACACUGAUCGACGAGAAGGAGACGGACGUGCUGCGCGAUCUGGAGGUGGCGCUGCGCCUCACUGACGACGGUCAGAGCUCGCUCGCCUCAUCUACAAUUACGGCCACGACGGAUGGUGGCAGCAGUAGCGGCGGCGGAGCUGGCGGCUGUGGCAGUAGCUCCACAACAGAUAGCGGUAUAGCGAAUAGUAGCAACAGCAGCUGCAGCGGCGCGACUACAGCGACAGCACACGCUCACUCGCAACAGCAGCCACAUAUGGGAGUAGAGGAUGUCAAUUUACUGCAGCAGCAUUCGGCGGCGAGCACAACGCUCAUCGAUGGCGAUGCGGCAGCGCCGCCCAUUUGCACACAGCCCGAGGCGCAGGCAAAGCAAGCGAACAACGCGCACGCAUCCGCCGCAGCGGCGGUCUUUGGCGGCGGUGGUGGCCUUAUCGGUGGCAUACUGGGUGACUUGAGCAGCGGCGAAUUCGGCGAAACGGCGACACGCUACUGCACCUCGGCGCUGCCACCACAUAGUGGAGGAGAGGCUGGAGUCAGCGGUGUGGCGGUGAACUGCAAUAAUGGCGGCGCGGGCGCUUUGCACUUGAACUUCAACAAUAAUCACCAUCAUCACCACCAUCACCAGCAUCCGCAUGCGCACCAUCACGCGCAGCAGCAAGCGGCAGCGACACAUCAUUUCACGCAGCAACAACAACAACACCAACAGCACAGUGGCCUCAUACAGUGCAAUGCAAGCAACGCACCGAAUGCGACCGUGGUCAGUGCAUCAGCAACGAAUGCCAGCACAGCAGCAACAACAACGACAGCAUAGUUGCCACCAGCAACUGUAAGUAGCCCCAAAGCCACAAAAACAAAUUCGAAUGUGCUCGAAGCUGAAACUGAUGUUGAAGAUGAGGAGGAGCAGAUUGAAAGAGUUGCUGAAAAUUUUGUUGAUUAUCCUAGACCAGCGACAGAAGCUAUCGCUUCUACAGCCCUUUUUAGUGCUAAAACAAGUGCUACUGUUAAUGCCGACGCCACCGUUGCUGCUGUCAACUCCAACACCGCCGCCGCCAAUGUUGCCGCCACACCCAUUGCCGCUGCUGUUUCCCUUAGCGUAGGAGAGAAUGAACGGAACGAAGCCGACGCUGAUGCUGUAGAUGAAGGAGACGCAGAAGUAGAAGUUCAAAUUGAAGACAAAGCUAAAUGUAAUGAAAACAAAGAUGAUAAUGUUAACGAUGUUAAAAGUGUUGCCGUUGCGGCCGCAAAGGAUGUAUGACGCUUAUUGCUUUAUAUUUACAAUAUAUAGAGUAGUGUUAAUUAAAACUUAAGAAUACAACAAAAGCAAACAAAAAUUGAAAGUUAUAAAAGAAGAGAGAAAAGAUGAACAUACAUAAAUUGAAUAUAAAUAAUAACAAUAAAAAGAUAUAAAAGUAUAAAAUGCAAAAUAAAAAAUAAGAAAGAGAAGUAUAUGUUAACGAUGAUUGUAGUUGUGUCUGUAUCUGGUGUUACACCAACAAAGAAAACACAAAUAAAAACUGAUUAAAAAACAAACGAAAAAAACUGUAAGAACAAACACUAAAAUGAAACUCACAAACUUAUUGAAGAAUUAACCCAAGUAAAUAAAGUAAAUUUAAAUAAAAGGCGUUAAUAAGUAAGCUAGCAUUAUUAUGCACUGUGCAAGCGAAAAUGAAAAUCAAUUAGUUGACAAAGACACAAAUCACGAAAAUUUUAUGAACAAACAAAAAAAAAGAUAAGAAUCUUUCACCAGCAGCCACUCACAUACACAUGCACCUACUCACUUUUAAUCUACUACUUAUGUAGCCAAACCUCUAGCGUUUCCAAUUAAAACUUAAAGCUAUUUGAUCUAUUUUUGAAAACUGCAACGCUUUCUAGUUGGGAAGGAAAAUUUUUUGGAUCGUUUUUUUAUUUUUUCAUGGGGUGGGAGUAGUUUUGCGUGGCCGCGUUUUUGUUUUUGUUUUUCUCUUUCUUAUUUUUUGUGAAUGCUGCUGGGUGACAGGCCGCAGCCAGAUAGUAUACAUAUGUAAGUCUGUAUCAUUUCGAUUAAGAAGUUUCGACUGUCGACUUGGCUCUAUGUUGGUAUGCUAGAAGAAGUCGUAACUUUGCAUCUUUAGCUGACUUGAGAAGCGGAUCUUUGCAGAUAUCCACCUAAGUAUAAUACUUUAUUCUUUAAUCUUCUCUGCAACUAUUUCUCAAUGCUGAAUCUUAAUGAUGUUUUCAAAUCCACAAUAAUAGCUAUUGGCGUAUUUUCCUUUAACGAGUACUGUUUGGGGAGUGUUGCUGGUGUCACAGUCCUUGGCCAAAUAUAAAUCUGGGUCGUUCCGGUUACGUAGACCCGACUGUCGUGGGAACGCACUCCCUUUGUUCGCUUCGAAAAUAGAUUUCACCAAAUCAUCGAUGCUUUUCAGGGGAAUUGGUUUUUAGGGCGCCCUUUUUGCAAUUAAUAUUUGGAAAAAAUGCACUUUUUCUAUCUGUCUCGUAGAAUCAAUGCGAAUACAUAUAAGGUGAUAUCGAUUCAACAACUACAACAAUUACUUGAAUUUCGUUUUUGCUUUUAGCGUGCCAUUGUCAAAUUUAAGCUUUUCUUCCCCGAAUGAAGAAAAGCGGCAGAAAAAACAAACGCUCACGUUUUCACUCACUCACUAGCUAAAUACAAAACUUUGACAAUCAAACGCUACUCACAACUGAUGAUACAACACCUGCUUAUAUAAAUUCGCCUUGUUGUAGAAUAUUCAAAGUCAAAUGCGUUGAACGGUUACAAACGUUUGAAUCGCUACUAGUGAGUUUCCGUUGGAAAAAAAUCGAAGUUGUCGAAAUAAAAUUGUUUGACCCACUGUUGUUGUUGUUGUUGUAGCGGCUACCAAGCCGCGCUCGGGUCGGUUCAUCCGUCAAUGUUGUCGUCCGUUUCAGCUAAGGGGAGGCCCAGGAAGUGUGCGACUUCAACGGGGUCUGUCCAUAGGGACAGGGGCGUCAGCUGGGUGGGGUUCCCAGGGCAUGUGAAGAGGUGCCGAGAGUCAUGUGGCGACUCUCCACAUGCCGGGCAUUGAUUGAGCACAUCCUCAUUAAUUCUACGCAGGUAUGAGUUUAGUCUGCUGCAAUAGCCAGAGCGAAGUUGGGCUAUUGUGGUGCGGGCCUCCCGAGGAAGAAAAAGGUCUGUCCCGUCCACGUCCGGUGGUUGCGUGCCUAGAACGGUAUUCACGGGAGUCUACAUAACAGCAUUCCCACACUUGACCCACUCGAAUACAACGCUGUGAUUGGAUGAAAUCUGAGUUUAAAAAAACAAUGAAAUUUUUUUAAAACUGGAUUUUUGAUGAAAAAGCUUUUUGCUCCCGAGUAGGCGUGAAUUUGAUUUCUAUGCUUUAGAAAAUGCUGAGUCAUGUGUCGUAUUGUAUGUUAAGCCGAAAUUCUCGAAAUUGCAAACUCUAUAGUAUAAGUGUUUAACUUUAGCACAGCCCUCCACUCAACUCGAAAGUGCAACAGUUUUCAAAAAAUGCUUUUACAACAACAAAAACAUUAAAUAUAAAAAUGUUAAACAAAUAUGUGCGUGAACUCCAUACAAACAUUCAAAACAUGAAAUAUUUUUGUAAUUUUAUUUAAAAUAGUUUUUAAAUUAUUGCCCGUAAAAAAGGUAAAAAUUACCAAUGGUCAAUUUGUAGUAGUAAUAUGUUAAAAAAAUUCAAAGAAGUACAUCCGUGUAAAAAAUGCUGUGUCAUGUGUCUAGCAGCAGCUGACAGCCAUUUUGCACUUACUUUGCUCGUGCUGAGUUUAUUUUCGCAAAUUUUGAAAGCUUUUGCUUUAAUUUUUUGCAAUACACCAACCGCUUCUCCGUUACAAUAUUUAGUAUUUGCUUACUCUUUUCGGCCCAAUGGUCUACACCAAAGGAAAGUUAAAUACAGAUAACUAUUUAUUUGACUACAGAUAAUAUUCUAUUGGGCUACAGAUAACAACAUUAUGGCAAAGCUUUUAGUAGUUUUCGAAAAGAUUUACGUUUAAUUUAUAUGUAUGUAAUAAGUUCCAAGUCGUGCUGACUUUGGUAUAUUCUUCUAAGCGAAAUAGCGCUGUGAAUUCUUAAAUAAGUUUAUAUUUUAAUUGGCAAGGAUCUAUUAAUAGUGUUUAAUUCUUUGUCUGUGGAAAAUCCAAGUAAUUCGAUAAAAAAUUAAAAGAAAGGACAUCAUGUUACAUACCUUACAAUAUAAAUCAUCACAAGACACUAUCGACAUCUCAUUACUAUUUAGUUUUUUCUCGGUUGUUUACUUUAUUAUCGAUUCCUUGCAAAUACUAAUAGCUGCCUAAAGCGCUUCAUUUUGCCCUAAACGUUGGACUCAGGUUUCACAUUGUACGUAUGUAGUCUCAAUGCGUUCAGCUCACUCGAUACAGCCGCAAAUAGACGCCAGUCUCAGUAGUUCAUAUGUAGAUAUAUCUAUGUGCACUGCUAUGUUCCUACAUACACAUGUGUAUGUGUGUGAGUUUCCACUCUUUAAUUUUAAUAAUUUAGUUUUUCAAAAAAUAGAUAAACCGACAAAAAAAUUGCUUUAAAAUGCCGUCAGCCAUUAAAAUCCGCUAUCACCAACUGUGCUACUACGCAUUUUUUGUUAUUAUGUCUCUACUCUCAAAUUGUUACACUUGAAUUAGUUUAGUUUUAAAACUCAAAAGAAAAAAAGUUCCUUAUUUGUUCAGUUUUUUUCAAUUUCAUUUUAAAAUAUUUUAUACUUUAUUUUGCUUUACAAGAACAAAGUUUUCAAAUUCACUGCACUCAUUCAAAAAAAAAAAAUGUAGUCUAUUUUGCGAGCUAUGUACAAUUAAAAAGAAAAAGCAUAAAUUAGUUAAUGGUAUUUUCGUUUCUUCCAAAAAAUAUUGCCCUUUCAUGCUGCAAUAUAUGUUUGAUGUUACACUCAACCUUGUAAAAGUGCAUACUUAUCCUUAACUAAGCUCACACAUUUUACAAUAUUGUAGUUUGGAGCAAUCCUCUGAUUUUAAGGGCAAACAUCUGCCCUGAGAAAACUUCAAAGCGCACCAAGUGUGCCUUUUUUGCCUUACUAGAGUGUGACAUUUUAAGAAACGAACACAGAUCUGCUCACCGGUUUGCCAUUAUUUUAGAAUUGAACACGACAUUUUUUGGUUGAAACGAAAACGCCAUACGUCUCUAAAAAGAGUU